AUGAUGAGAGAGAAUCAAAUUACACAGGAUCAAAUUCCGCCGGAUCAAGACCCAGACAAGUGGGCUAUGCUCGUCCCCAUCCCCAACAUGGUGACGUCUACCUCCAAGUAUGAUAACGUAGGAGGAGGAGGCGUCUGGAGUCAGCCCUCCUGCCCUGACCUCCAGACCAGCCCUGGAAGAGACACUACUGAGCUGAUCCAAGGUCAAUCCAGCCAUUUUAUAGCAGUGCGAAAGCCAGAGUCAAGUGGAAGCGCCACUCAACAUCAGGUGUCAAUUGUGAAAGGCAACGGUGAUUGUAGCGGGUCAGCAAUGACAGUCAUUGAACAGUUGACUGUCCAGAGUUCCGCUGGGAGACAGGUGUUCCUAUUCGACGGAACCUCUGGACUGGGUCAAGGGACCAGAAAUGGGCAGCUUCCAGUUCCAGGGGGCCCUUCUGUGGAAAGCGAGUAUGACAACAGAGGGGAGGGGUCUGUGGCAUUGGAGGGCCCUGACUGGGCGGAGGACCUGAGUAGCCAUUCCCCAUUCAUGCUGGUGGAUCAUGGCUCCUCCCCCACAGUGAGUGACAUCUUGCCUCUGAGUCAAGGGGAGGAGCCAGCCACUGAGCUGAACUUUGACCAAACAUGGAGAGACCCAACAACAACCCAGACUCACCCCACUGCAGUCCCAAAGCUUGACAGUUGGGACCUGCUCUCCACCCCUGUCGUAAAAUCAGGUGAUUCUGAAUCACCACCAAAUGGCGCAUUGUCCCUCCAAUGGACUACUAAGGUGACCUAUCCGGAUGGAGGACCUUAUCAUACGGAAAAUAGUAGCAUUAUGGAUGCUAUGUCACUGAGCUCCAGCUCAGGUGGGGAAAAACAGGCUCAAGCCCAGCCCAGAUAGCCUUCCUCUGGGGAGCCGCAAGGAUGUCAGGUCCAACUCAGACGGAGACUCCUCAUCGGGCCUGGAGAUGGAUUACAUCACUGUGUCAGGGACAGUCAGAGAGAACGAUAGAGAGAGGAUGGAUGAUUAUAGAGAGAGGGAUGUGACCAGACACCGUGAUAGAGGCAGGACGGAGGGGUCUAGAUCCUUAGAGACAUGUAGUAUGCUCUCUUAUGCGGCUACUCCAAUCUGCUGCAGCCUCUCACAGACAUCCCCAAGAAAACAAUGAUCUGUAUAGGCAUGAUGGAACAAACAUAGAUAUCCACAGCCCAUACUGCUCAGAUGCAGGUGGAAAUCCAAACACAAAUACGAUUGGCUCCUGUCAAAGCUCACACACAACCAACCAACGGUACUCCGGAACAGCCGCCUCUUAUCUCGUCAGCCCUGAAAUCCAAGUAACCACAGAGAUAAGCAGUCGCGGCCAAUCAGACACCAAUCGGCCAAGCCUCCACCAAUCAGAGGUGAGAGUGGCAGGCCUUGGUAGAUCAGACUGGGAUGAGGACCGCUAUAAAUGGCCAGAUGAACGCCAAAGUAGUAAAGAGUAGCAGCGCCUCCCUGAGAUACCCAGCAGAACAACAUUUCCUCAAAGCCAGGGAGGAGGUCUAUGUCCACUCUCAGAUCUCUCUGGAGGACUCGGACGAGGCCGGCUCUCCCCAUCCGACACCCCCCCCCCCCCCCCCCCCCCCCCCCCCCAUCUCCCCCCUCACGGAGCCAGGGCUGGGGCGCUCUGCUGAGGGAACGGGACGACCAGCAGCAGCACCACCCCACUCCCCAGUCUCCCCUCCCCUUUAUAGACAACUCACCGUCCCCAUUGGGUGACAGCUCGUUGAUGGGCACUCCCGAGAACCAAUCGGUUGGUCCCUCUCCUGUGCGAGAGUUGGGGCUGCCGUUCUCUGGCGACCUCAUGGACAAGGGGGAAGAGGAGGAAGAGUUUGGCAUGGACCCUCCCAGUUGGGACACAGGUGAGGAGAUGGAGAAAGGAGUAUGUGGGGUGAUACACAGCCACGCCCAUGGACCAAACCCUGCGCCUACCGAUGAGCUACUGGAGAACAGUGAGCAUCCGCGUGGAGGUCAUUUCUCGGAGGAGGGUGAUAGACUGAUAGCACAGCCAAUGAGUGACAGGUUCUUGCAAGGUCAGCUUGACUAUACAGCUGAGCAUCCAAUGAGAAGCCAGCCUCCAAGACCUUUACAGGGCCUCGAAGACCUGUCAGUCGAUCAGAAAAUGGGAGGUCGUGGAGAUGAUUUUGAAGAAACGCACUCAUCCUAUCUGGGGUAAGUAAUAUCUAUAAAGUACCAUACAGUAUACUGCACACUGUUUAAUUGUUUAGAUAAAUGAGAGUUAUGAUGUUUCUUUAUAUAUAUUAUGCUUCUUUGUGUUUGCCCUGAGACCAUCCUGUCUUUCCUAUGGGUUUCGGAGUGUGUAUGGGCCUCUAAACAGCUGCUGGGUAUUUGUAAAGUAGCACGGACUGUGGAAGCAGAGUUAAAAGCUAUCAAGAGAGUAAGAUGGUGUGUUCUAUGUGAGGGAAGAAUGAGGUGGAUGAACGGGGUAGAGAGUGGAUAUUGACCCGUGUGGCCUCAUACCCCUCUCCAGCAUGAACAGAGCUUUUUGGAGAGGAUACAAGGGAUCACUUUGUGUGUGUUGCACCAGGCUUUGAUUUCAGCACUGUGUGUGUGUUUAUAAAUCUGUUUACGCCUCAUUAAAUAUGCAUUACCUGUCUCAUUACAGCUGUAUCCCCACCACAGUUAAUGGAGCCAGCUCCCCUCUCUCUCACACAACGUGUAUGUGAAUAUUAAUCUGUGAUUUCUAAACUGUGAUUUUGCAGUCUUUAAUGGACAUUACUGAGAAUGACUGAUAGUCAGUGAUUAUUACGUUUGCUAUGUAUUUGUCACCCAUUUAGUCAUUUUCCCCACCUCCAGACUUGAAGAUGUUACAUCCCAGUCUUGGAGCCAGCAAGCCAGUGAGAGUGUUCCUCAUCAGUGGACAGUGAGUCAGGACCAAGCCGACAACACCACUGACCACCACACACACACUGAUCAUCCAUCUGAUGACCUCCAUGAGACUGAAGACCAUGCCUACAACCAAACCCACAACCAUGCUGCAGAUAUGAGAGAUGCUGGCCUCAGCCAACACUAUGAAACUGAAGGACAUACUACUACUUUCUACUACUACCAUACUGAAGGCAAUGUCCAAGACCAGUCUGAUGACUAUAGCCAUAAUGAGAGCGGCCAGGCCCACUGGGAGGCUGAACGUAAAGAACACUCCAGAACUGCCAUACGAUCCCACAGGCAACGCUCAGUAUCUUCUUGAAGACCAUGCCUAUUAUGAGACUGAAGAGCAGACCCAGUAUGUUCCUGAUGGCUGUGCCCACUUUCUACUCUCCAGGUAAGUUAUUUACCAGCCCGGUCCCAGAUCUGUUUGUGCUGUCUUGGUUGGCAUGACAAUGACCAUAGGAGUUGGCAAGAACAGAUCUAGGACCAGGUUCUUCAAAUUCCAUUAGUGGAUCAGUAUCUAAUUAUUAUUUUAAAACCUUUAUUGAAUAGACUGGUGACUAGGGAAGGAGGAUAGUUGAUGUGACAUUGAGAUGCAGUAUGGUGUAUGACCACAGGAGUGCAGUACAGAUCCAUACUGAACCUACAGGAUAACUGAUAGUGUGUGGUGGUGGCUGCUGGUGGUGGCCGUUUGUCCCGAGUCAAGGUGUAUGUUUGGAACUCUGUUACCAAGUACGUAUUUGUGAGACUGUGUUAGACAUGUUGGUGUUCUAUUGUUUUUUUAUGAUGCAGGACCAGUAAUAGAUCAGUUAAAUCUAUUUGAAUCCCAUUGCAUGAUGUCUCUCUCUCUCCGUGUGUGUGUGGGCAUGCACGUGUGUGUGUGUGUGUGUGUGUGUGUGUGUGUGUGUGUGUGUGUGUGUGUUAGUAGCAGCUCACUGAUGCCUACAUACUGAGUUUAAAUGUAUUUGGCUAAGGUGUAUGUAAAGUUCCGACUUCAACUGUGUAUAUAUAUACAGUACCAGUCAAAAGUUUGGACACACCUACUCAUUCAAGGGUUGUUUUUAUUUUUAAAAUGUUUUACAUUGUAUAAUAAUAGUGAAGACAUCAAAACUAUGAAAUAACACAUAUGGAAUCAUUUUAGAUUUUAGAUUCUUCAAAUAGCCACCCUUUGCGUUGAUGACAGUUUUGCACACUCUUGGCAUUCUCUCAACCAGCUUCACCUGGAAUGCUUUUCCAACAGUCUUGAACGAGUUCCCACAUAUGCUGAGCACUUGUUGGCUGCUUUUCCUUCACUCUGCCAUCCGACUCAUCCCAAACCAUCUCAAUUGGGUUGAGGUCAGGGGAUUGUGGAGGCCAGGUCAUCUGAUGCAGCACUACAUCACUCUACUGCUUGGUAAAAUAGCCCUUACACAGCCUGGAGGUGUGUUGGGUCAUUGUCCUGUUGAAAAACAAAUGAUAGUCCCACUAAGCGCAAAACAGAUGGGAUGGCGUAUCGCUGCAGAAUGCUGUGGUAGCCAUGUUGGUUAAGUGUGCCUUGAAUUCUAAAUAAAUCACAGAAAGUGUCACUAGCAAAGCACCCCCACACCAUAACACCUCCUCCUCCAUGCUUCACGGUGGGAACUACACAUGCGGAGAUCAUCCGUUCACCCACACCGCGUCUCACAAAGACAAGGCGGUUUGAACCAAAAAUCUCCAAUUUGGACUCCAGACCAAAGGACACAUUUCCACCAGUCUGAAGUCCAUUGCUCGUGUUUCUUGGCCCAAGCAGGUCUCUUCUUCUUAUUGGUGUCCUUUAGUAGUGGUUUCUUUGCAGCAAUUCGACCAUGGAGGCCUGAUUCACACAGCCCCCUCUGAACAGUUGAUGUUGAGAUGUGUCUGUUACUUGAACUCUGUGAAGCAAUUUCUGAGGCUGGUAACUCUAAUGAACUUCUCCUCUGCAGCAGAGGUAACUCUGGGUCUUCCAUUCCUGUGGCAGUCCUCAUGAGAGCCAGUUUCAUCAUAGCGCUUGAUGGUUUUUGCGACUGCACUUGGAGAAACUUUCAAAAUUCGUGAAAUGUUCCUGAUUGACUGACCUUCAUGUCUUAAAGUAAUGAUGGACUGUCGUUUCUCUUUCCUUAUUUGAGCUGUUCUUGCUAUAAUAUGAACUUGGUCUUUUACCAAAUAGGGCUAUCUUCUGUAUACCACCCCUACCUUGUCACAACACAACUGAUUGGCUCAAGCGCAUUAAGAAGGAAAGAAAUUCCACAAAUUAACUUUUAAGAAGGCACAACUGUUAAUUGAAAUGCAUUCCAGGUGACUACCUCAUGAAGCUGGUUGAGAGAAUGCCAAGAGUGUGCAAAGCUGUCAUCAAGGUGGCUAUUUGAAGAAUCUCAAAUAUGAAAUAUAUUUUGAUUUGUUUUACACUUUUUUGUUUACUACAUGAUUCCAUAUGUGUUAUUUCAUAGUUUUGAUGUCUUCACUAUUAUUAUACAAUUUUAAAAUAAAGAAAAACCCUUGAAUGAGUAGGUGUGUCCAAACGUUUGACUGGUAGUGUAUAUGCCAAAGUUCUGCCAAGGUUCCUACACGACAUGUAUCACAAGGUCAAUUUAGAAUGUUUUAUCAAUUUAUAAAUAUUUAUUUAUUUAUGAAUUUUCACUUUGUAUUGACUGCUGUGUGGGUGUUAAACUUCAAGCCUGAAAUCAGAUGUGAUCAAAUAAAAUCAAAGCAAAUUUUAUUGGUCACAUGCGCCGAAUACAACAGGUGCAGACAUUACAGUGAAAUGCUUACUUACAGCCCUUAACCAACAGUGCAUUUAUUUUAACAAAAAAAGUGUUGAGAAAAAAAGAGCAGAAGUAAAAUAAAAUAACAGUAGGGAGGCUAUAUAUACAGAGGGGUACCGGUGCAGAGUCAAUGUGCGGGGGCACCGGCUAGUUGAGAUAGUUGAAGUAAUAUGUACAUGUGUGUAGAGUUAAAGUGACUAUGCAUAAAUAAUUAACAGAGUAGCAGCAGCGUAAAAAGGAUGGGGUGGGGGGGCAGUGCAAAUAGUCCGGGUAGCCAUGAUUAGCUGUUCAGGAGUCUUAUGGCUUGGGGGUAAAAGCUGUUGAGAAGUCUUUUGGACCUAGACUUGGCACUCCGGUACCGCUUGCCGUGCGGUAGCAGGGAGGACAGUCUAUGACUAGGGUGGCUGGAGUCUUUGACAAUUUUGAGGGCCUUCCUCUGACACCGCCUGGUAUAGAGGUCCUGGAUGGCAGGAAGCUUGGCCCCAGUGAUGUACUGGGCCGUACGCACUACCCUCUGUAGUGCCUUGCGGUCGGAGGCCAAGCAGGGAAAGUAGUAACCACUGACCUUAUCUCAACUGGAAAUUCCGGUCUGCCUGUCAGGGAGGGACUAGUGUACCCAAGAGCCUUUUAUUUAAGGCCAGGCUGCAGAUCCGUAGGUAACCGACCUGUCCCUUUACCACACCCUUCACGUUUCUCACUGUCAAUUCUUCAAAUUUUACCAGUGAUCAGUUUCAUGGGGAUAUGCAUUUAGAUCUUCUUAAGUUAUAGGCUACAGUUUCGAAGUAGCCUACAAUGUUGUUUUGAAUUAUGUUCAGUGACCACAUUUUUUAGCAGAUGAUGUUAACUGUAGCAUAGUCCAGCUGUGUUUAGUUUCAAUCAAAGCACAUAUUUUGCCUAAUGACGCACGCUGUUGAGUUUUGGCCACCUGAGAGAAAAAUGUGACCAUUCGCAAAAUCAUGAGGUGGUGUUUUUUGUCUUACAGUAACGUUAUACUAUGCUAUUAUAUUCGGUUCUGACCAAGGCCCUUCUCCCCAGAUUGCUCAGUUUGGCCGGGCGGCCAGCUCUAGGAAGAGUCUUGGUGGUUCCAAACAUCUUCCAUUUAAGAAUGAUGGAGGCCACUGUGUACUUGGGGAGCUUCAAUGCUGCAGACAUUUUUUUCGUUCCCUCCCUCAGAUCUGUGCCUCGACACAAUCCUGUCUCGGAGCUCUACGGACAAUUCCUUUGACCUCAUGGCUUGCACUGUCAACUGUGGGACCUUAUAUAGACAGGUGUGUGCAUUUCAAAAUCAUGUCCAAUCAAUUGAAUUAACAACAGGUGGACUCCAAUCAAGUUGUAGAAGCAUCUCAAGGAUGAUCAAUGUAAACAGGAUGCAUCUGAGCUCAAUUUCGAGUCUCAUAGCAAAGGGUCUGAAUACUUAUGUAAAUAAGGUAUUUCUGUUUUUUUAUUUUUCUAAAUGUUUAAUUUAGAAAAACCUGUUUUCGCUUUGUCAUUAUGGGGUAUUCUGUGUUAAUUGAUGAGGAUUUGUAUUUAUAUAAUCCAUUUUAGAAUAAGGCUGUAACGUAACAAAUGUUGGAACCAGGUUAAGGGGUCUGAAUACUUUCCAAAUGCACUGUAACGUUUUUCCAGCAGUAGAUUAUGAUCGAUAAUGUCAAAAGCUGGGCCCGAAUGUAAAAAACCUCCCCCAUAUUUUUAUGAUACAUUACUCUCAACCAACCUCAUAUUUUUGGGGAAGUGCCCAUGGUGAAUGGGCCUUCCCUCUAAAAUUCUUAAAAACUGUUUUUUAAAUUUUUACUUGGGGGCAAACAAUUUUUUUUCCAAAAAAGUAAAUAAGUGUAGUUUUAAAGGUGAUUUGGGGGCUGUUUUAAAACCCUAAAUGGUGCUUUGCUUUUUCUUGGGUAGGAAAUUCUUUUGCUUUCCCCCCAGGGCCUGAGGGUUGUGGUUUGGUGUGUCAUUUUUUUUAUAUUAAAAUUUUUGGGUUGGGGUUUUUGUUUGAGUUCCCCGUUCAUGAGAAAGGGGGGAUCUAAAUUUUUAAAAAGAUUUUUGUAUUUUUGGGCAAAAAGUUUGUUGUGACCAACUUUUUUUUUUAAAAAACCCGUGGGGAGAACAAAUAUUUGAACACUGGGCCCAUUUUGCAGGUUUUCCUACUUUUACAAAAACAUGUAGAGGUCUGUAAUUUUUUUUCAUAGGUACAAAUUCAAACCAAAAAAAUCACCUUGUAAAAUUUUUUUGUAAUUAAUUAGCAUUUUUUUGCCUGACAUAAUAUUUGAUACAUCAAAAGCCCGAAAUUUAAAAUUUUUUGGGACAGAAACCUUUUUUUUGGGAAUUACAGAGAUCAACGUUUCCCCCGUAACUUGACCAGGUUUGACCACUGCAAAGGGGGGACUUUUUCCCCCUCCUCCAUACAACCCCUUUUCCAGAUCCGUCAGGGUUUUGGGGGGUGUCGUGGGGAAAACGGGCUUUUUAGCUCCCCCCCAAAAUUUUUCCCAAAUUUGGGGUUUAAGGGCGGAGACUGGCUAGGACUCCAGGACCUUGAAAACUUCUUACGACCACUCCUUAUUGCCCUUGGCCCCGUGUGUUUCGGGUCGUUUUCAUCUGGAAGACCCCGCCCCCGACCCCUCCCCCUUUUAUGCCCCUUACUGAGGGAAGGGUUUUGUUGGCCAAGAUCCCCCUCGCGAUACCUGGCCCCAUCCUCCUCCCCCUUCCAAAAAACGGUUGUUUUCCCCCUUUCCCCCUUUUUAGAAAAGCUCCCCAAAAAAAUGGGUUUUCCCCCUCCAGGGUUUUGGGGGUUGGGGGGGUGGGUUUUUUGGGGGUUUUACAUUUUUUCCUUUCUUCCCUUUCCCCCAAACACGGGAUUUGGGGUUUAAACCAAAAACUAUAUUUUUGGGCUCAUCAAAACCCCAAAGACCUUCUUUCCCCUUCCUCCUCUGGGUAUCCAGAUUGGGCAUUUUGGGGAAACUUCCCGACGGGGCCCGGGCAAUGCCUGGCUUGAGCGGGGGACCUUGGGGUCGCUGCAGGUUUUAAAAACCAUUUAAAAAGGCGUAUGGGGUUUUCUAAUUUUUUUCUUUUAACUGUGGUCCCAGCUCCUUUUAAAGGCAUUGACCAGGUCCCCGCGUGUAGUUCGGGGGUGUCCCCCCACCUUCCCCAUGAUCAUUGGGGUGCCCCCCCAGGUGAAUUCCCUUUCCGGGGCCCCCCCGACCGAGGGGUGGGGUUGAAACCUCUUCCCUUUCUUUUCCAUUUUCUAAAAUUGCCCCAAAAUUUUUGGCCUUCUCCCCCAAGCCCCCUUUUCCUAUUUUCCCGUAACCCUCCCCCCUUGUGCAGGUCUAAAAAUUUUUCCCGAUUCCCUUUAAAAAAAGCUCUCUGGUCUUGGCCCUUGGGGAGAGGUUGGGCUUUUUUAUUGAUUUUGUGGACAUGUGUCUUUUUUACAGGGAACGGUUUUAAACCGGGGGCAAAUUAAUACAGGUAAUGAGUGGAGAACAGGAGGGGUUCUUUAAAAAAAAAACUAACAGGGCUGGUAGAGCCGGAAUUCUUACGGUUUUGGGAGGGGAUCAAAUACUUAGGGCAUGCAAUAAAAAGCAAAUUAAUUAAUUUUAAAAAACCCUAAAAAAGUGAUUUUCUGGAUUUUUUUUUUAGAUUCCGUCUCUCACAGGUUUUUGUGGGACCAUAUAAAAAGGGCAGAUAUACCCUGCUUUUUUUAAAUAGGGAAAACCCCCAAAAAACGGCAGUGUAUCCAAAACUUUUUCCCCCACUGUAAAAAUAUAUCCCUACCAGUUCCCAAAAUUUGGGCCCUUUCUCAUUCAUGUUUUUUUUUUUAUUUUUUAUUUUUUUUAAAAUUUUAGAAAAAAUAGUGGGAAGGGCACAAAACAAUAAAUAAACACAAUGGAAUCAUGUAAAUACCAAACAAAGUGUUUAACAAAACAAAAUAUGUUUUUAUUUUUUAGAUUCUUCAAAGAGCCAAACCCCCGCCUUUAUGACAGCUUUGCACCUCUUUUUCAUUUUUCCCCAACCACUUCAUGAGGGGUCCCCCCUGGGAAAGCAUUUCAAUUAACAGGUGUGGCCCCCUUUUAAAAAUUUUAAAUUUGUGGAAAAGUAUUUUCCCUUUUUAAAAACGUUACCCCUCAUUUUGGGGUUUUGGAAAAAGGAGGGGUGGUAGCCAAACAGGUUUGGGUUUUUUGACAAAGGGAGGGGGGGGUAUACAAAGGGUUGCCCCAUUUGGGAAGAUCAAAGUCCAUAUUUGGCAGAACCGCUCAAAAAGCCAAAAAAAACAACAUUUCAAUCAUCACUUUAAGACAUGGUCAUCAAAUCUGGGAAAAAUUUUAAGAACUUUGAAAGUUUUUUCAAAUGCCGUCGCAAAAACCCUCAAGGGUUUUGACAAACCCUCCCCUGUAGCUCCGUUGGGAAGCAUUUGGGGCUUGCAAAAGCCAGGGUUGGGUUUUUGUUUCCCCCAGGGGGCCCAAAUCUGAAAAAAGUAUGCACUCACUUUAAAUGUAAGUUUUGCACUGGAUAAAAGCGUCUGGGGAAAGACUAAAAUGAAAUGAAACUGGCUCUCCUGGGACCGCCACAGGAGGGGGGGUGGGGGCCCGGGGGAGGGUGCUGGGCCCCGGGAGGGACACCUAGACCUCUCCUGUCGAGUUCCACCGGGACCAUCCCGCGCGCCCUGCUCCGCGUCCUCCUGGUCGUCCCCGAGGCCGGGGUCGGCGCACGGCUGGAGCCGCGCGUCAAGGGGGGGGGGUACUGUCACGGUUUCGGCCGAGGCUGCUCCUCCUCCUGGUUCGGGCAGGCUUCGGCGGUCGUCGUCCCCGGAGUACUAGCUGCCACCGAUCUAUGUUUCAUGUUCGUUUGGUUUUGUCUUGAUGUUGUACACCUGUGUCUUGUUAGUCCUCGUUAGUGUCCUAUUUAGUUCUCGUUGUGUGUGUUUGUCUUUGUGUGUGAUUGCUCUUCUGUUGCGUGUUGGAGCUACGUACUUCCCUCCAGUGUUUUGGAGAGGUUUUUCGCACAUGUUAGUGCGCCGUUUGUUUGACGCCUGUGUGCGCCGUUAUUUCGCCUUCGGGCUUAUUGUGCUUAUUUUCUACGUGAAUAUUGCACUAAAGUCUUUUGGACUGAGCUUCUGUGUCCUGCGCUUGAUUCAUGCACCACACCCACCUUCAGCACCCCUUGACAACCAUUAAAAAUAGACUGAUCAUUUCUUUGUCAGUGGGCAAACAUACAAAAUCAACAGGGGAUCAAAUACUUUUUUCCCUCACUGUAGAUCCUCUACAUGAGAGGUACAAAACCAUGGGGUGGGGUAAGGAGAGGAACGUGAGAGGCUCUGUUUGAAUAGGUGGAAUGACGGGGGAGGGGGGAGUGAAUCUUCGUGGAGGAAAAUCUCUUUAGAAAUAACUCCGAUGUAGAUAGGGUGUUUAAAGUUUAGAAGAUGGGUUCUGUGCUUUUAGGCAAUGUGAAAGAGAGGCCAUGGGUUGGUAUCAUGAGGUUAGUAAGUGAAAUUAUAGCUGAUGAUUUGGGGAUGUUGGGGGGCGAGCAUGGGGGGGAUGUGGCUUGUAAUUUACUCGCGUUACAAACAAAUGGCAGACAGACUGUGGCUCUGCGUGUCAUCUGAUUUGUGCUUUACUUUCUCUCUGUGUUUUCCAGCUUGUGUGGGGUGGGGUGGGUGCAAGGUAUGUGCACAUCACUGUUUGUAUAAUUGUGUUCAUGAGUCGACAUAUUAUAUACAGCGUGUGUUUAUGUGUGUGCAUGUCCUUGAGUUGGUGUGUCCUUGAGUGGGUGUGUGCUUUUGCCUGUGUGAGUGAGUGAAUAUGUGUGUUUUUAACAAGGCUGCAGAGGCCUCAUUGCACUCAUCAGGAUAUCGCUGGUGGAAAAUGACUGUGUCGCCGGGGUGACAGUUGUGUGUGAUCAGAUUGAUGGGGCUCUCCCUGACAGCAGCCAUAUUGUGCAGGGGGAGAGCCAAGAGAGAAGCCGUGUGGCCCUCAUCCACAUAGGUUAAUAUUAUCUCAGCCUGGGCAACAACAUGCUCUACAGCAUCCAUCCAUCACUUCUACUGGGCCUUCACACAACGCACAGGCACAGGCACGGAUCGCACAACUCACAAUGCACUAUCGCACACACACACACAUACUCAGGCGUGUCGCACGCAACUACACAGACACAGCACAGGGAAUGUAGCCUGGAAUGGUGUGUAACAAGGUUGCAGAGAUGCAAAGAGAGAGGAGUGAUUGAUAAUGCCCUGGACAUAGUAUGUCAACCUCUUCUUAUAGAUAUCCACUGUUGCCUCUGCAGAUGUGCAGUAGGUAUUCACUUCCUAUACUGCGUUACAAUAGUUCAUAAACUGCUUCCUGUCCCAGGACACAUUAUACCAGUCUUAAUGGCAGAAUUUUCCUUAAUUGAUCUGGAAACACCAGGGAAGGAGACUGAGAAGUUUCUUUACACAUAUAUUUCAUGCAAUUACAAUGUACUUGUACACACAGUACUUAUUUAAACAAUAUUUGUUCAUUUUCUAAAUCUAUUCAAUUCAUGUUAUCUUUUUGUUUAUAUUUGAUAUAAUGUUGUGUUUUAAUGUGUUGACAAUUUCCCUGUAUUAUUAUAAGUUAUAAUGACAUAGGUUUCUUUAAAAAAAUGAAGGGUGUUAUUUAAAAGCAUACAAGUAUGUUAACUUGUGCGCCAUUGAAAAAACAAACAACCAUCAUGCAACAAAUAUAGUGAUUCAUUUCACUAUUUGUUUUAAAAUGUAACACACUUUUUUCAUGAACAUUGUCUUGCAAAUUAGGGAUGCCACAGCAUCAUUGUUAAUCAUUGAAGAGAAAAAAAAAACUAGAUGGAAAAAACAAGCUCCCUUGACAAACAAACCCAUUAAUUAAUGCAACUUUCUCUCCAUCAAUCACCGGAGCUGUCAGAGAAUUACCAUAAUCUAGGAAUGUUUGAUGUGUUAAGAGCAAAUGAUAAAUCAUAAAAUGUCUCAUUACCCCUCUCUGUGCCCUGACAGCUUAGUCACUCAUCAAAAUAGACAAACACAUUCUUAUAAACACUUUUGACUCGAUGCAAAAAAGUAGACCCGGGACCAAAACGUUUUUAUAUCAGUUUAAGUGGAGUUUUUUAAGUGGCACAAAAUGGUUUAGAUAAAUAAUUAAUUAAUAUUAAAGGAAUAGAUCACCCAAAUUACAAAUUGUUUGCCUUACCCUGUAAGCAGUCUAUGGACACGGUAUGAUCACAAUCCAUGCUUUGGUUUAGUUUCACUGGCACUGUUUUCCAAAUGCUAACGUUUUAGCAUCUCUGGCACAAAUCCCAUGCAAGUCAUGGUACCUAUAUUAGCAUUUUUUGUGCAUUAAGUCCAAAUCAUCUAUAAGUGACUUUGUUGAGCUACACAAUCAAUUUGAGAUACUAAGUAUUGCGCUAGGGAAGCUGGAGGCUGGAGUGAGUCUUUAAAUCUAACACAUAUCUUUCCUACUUUCAUAUGACCACCUAGGACUGGAAUGCUCAUCAUGGCCUGAAUGGGGAGUUCAAGUCAUUCUGUCACCACCAUGGUUAUGACAGUCUAGUCGUAGUCUCAUCUCACCAGAGUGACCCUCGCCAUUCACGCCAGCAGGUGGCAGUGUACUCAGACAACUCUGACAUUCUCAACCAGGUAUGUGUUCUUUUACAUCAGGACCACAUAGAUACACACACAUCACGUAGUAGAGAGAUACAGUGGGGAGAACAAGUAUUUGAUACACUGCCGAUUUUGCAGGUUUUCCUACUUACAAAGCAUGUAGAGGUCUGUAAUUUUUAUCAUAGGUACACACAUUGUAUAAUUUUAAAGUAAUUAAUUUCAUUUUAUUGCAUGACAUAAGUAUUUGAUACAUCAGAAAAGCAGAACUUAAUAUUUGGUACAGAAACCUUUGUUUGCAAUUACAGAGAUCAUACAUUUCCUGUAGGUCUUGACCAGGUUUGCACACACUGCAGCAGGGAUUUUGGCCCACUCCUCCAUAAAGACCUUUUCCAGAUCCUUCAGGUUUCGGGGCUGUCGCUGGGCAAUACGGACUUUCAGCUCCCUCCAAAGAUUUUCUAUUGGGUUCAGGUCUGGAGACUGGCUAGGCCACUCCAGGACCUUGAGAUGCUUCUUACGGAGCCACUCCUUAGUUGCCCUGGCUGUGUGUUUCAGGUCGUUGUCAUGCUGGAAGACCCAGCCACGACCCAUCUUCAAUGCACUUACUGAGGGAAGGAGCUGGUUGGCCAAGAUCUCGCGAUACAUGGCCCCAUCCAUCCUCCCCUCAAUACGGUGCAGUCGUCCUGUCCCCUUUGCAGAAAAGCAUCCCCAAAGAAUGAUGUUUCCACCUCCAUACUUCAUGGUUGGGAUGGUGUUCUUGGGGUUGUACUCAUCCUUCUUCUUCCUCCAAACACAGCGAGUGGAGUUUAGACCAAAAAGCUAUAUUUUUGUCUCAUCAGACCACAUGACCUUCUCCCAUUCCUCCUCUGGAUCAUCCAGAUGGUCAUUGGCAAACUUCAGACGGACCUUGCGUGCGCUGCAGGAUUUUAAUCCAUGACGGCGUAGUGUGUUACUAAUGGUUUUCUUUGAGACUGUGGUCCCAGCUCUCUUCAGGUCAUUGACCAGGUCCUGCCGUGUAGUUCUGGGCUGAUCCCUCACCUUCCUCAUGAUCAUUGAUGCCCCACGAGGUGAGAUCUUGCAUGGAACUCCAGACCGAGGGUGAUUGACCGUCACCUUGAACUUCUUCCAUUUUCUAAUAAUUGUGCCAACAGUUGUUGCCUUCUCACCAAGCUGCUUGCCUAUUGUCCUGUAGCCCAUCCCAGCCUUGUGCAGGUCUACAAUUUUAUCCCUGAUGUCCUUACACAGCUCUCUGGUCUUGGCCAUUGUGGAGAGGUUGGAGUCUGUUUGAUUGAGUGUGUGGACAGGUGUCUUUCAUACAGGUAACGAGUUCAAACAGGUGCAGUUAAUACAGGUAAUGAGUGGAGAACAGGAGGGCUUCUUUAAGAAAAACUAACAGGUCUGUGAGAGCCGGAAUUCUUACUGGUUGGUAGGUGAUCAAAUACUUAUGUCAUGCAAUAAAAUGCAAAUUAAUUACUUAAAAAUCAUACAAAGUGAUUUUCUGGAUUUUUGUUUUAGAUUCCGUCUCUCACAGUUGAAGUGUACCUAUGAUAAAAAUGACAGACCUAUACAUGCUUUUUAAGUAGGAAAACCAGCAAAAUCGGCAGUGUAUCCAAUACUUGUUCUCCCCACUGUAUAUAUAUAUACACUACCAGUCAAAAGUUCGGACACCUACUCAUUCAAUGUUUUUUCUUUAUUUUUAUUUUUUUUAACAUUGUAGAAUAAUAGUGAAGACAUCAAAACAAUGAAAUAACACAUAUGGAAUCAUGUAGUAACCAAACAAGUGUUUAACAAAUCAAAAUAUAGUUUAUAUUUGAGAUUCUUCAAAGUAGCCACCCUUUGCCUUGAUGACAGCUUUGCACACUCUUGGCAUUCUCUCAACCAGCUUCAUGAGGUAGUCACCUGGAAUGCAUUUCAAUUAACAGGUGUGCCUUGUUAAAAGUUAAUUAGUGGAAAUGUAUUUCCUUCUUAAUGCGUUUGAGCCCAUCAGUUGGGUUGUGACAAGGUAGGGGUGGUAGCCAAUCAGUUGGGUUGUGACAAGGUAGGGGUGGUAUACAGAAGAUUGCCCUAUUUGGUGAAAGAUCAAGUCCAUAUUAUGGCAAGAACAGCUCAAAUAAGCAAAGAGAAACAACAGUGCAUCAUCACUUUAAGACAUGGUCAGUCAAUCUGGAAAAUUUCAAGAACUUUGAAAGUUUCUUCAAGUGCAGUCGCAAAAACCAUCAAGCGCUAUGAUCAACCAUCCCCUGUAGCUCAGUUGGUAGAGCAUGGUGCUUGCAACGCCAGGGUUGUGGGUUCGUUUCCCACGAGGGGCAAGUCUGAAAAAUGUAUGCACUCACUAACUGUAAGUCGCACUGGAUAAGAGCGUCUGCUAAAUGACUAAAAUGUAAAUGAAACUGGCUCUCAUGAGGACCGCCACAGGAAAGGAAGACCCAGAGUUACCUCUGCUGCAGAGGAUAAGUUCAUUAGACUUACCAGCCUCAGAAAUUGCAGCCCAAAUAAAUGCUUCACAGAGUUCAAGUAACAGACACAUCUCAACAUCAUCUGUUCAGAGGAGACUGCGUGAAUCAGGCCUUCAUGGUCAAAUUGCUGCUAAGAAACCACUACUAAAGGACACCAAUAAUAAGAAGAGACUUGCUUGGGCCAAGAAACACGAACAAUAGACAUUAGACCAGUAGAAAUCUGUCCUUUGGUCUGAUGAAACAAAUUUGAGAUUUUUGGUUCCAACCGCCGUGUCUUUAUGAGACGCAGAGUAGGUGAACAGAUGAUCUCCACAUGUGUGGUUCCCACCGUGAAGCAUGGAGGAGGAGCUGUGAUGGUGUGGGGGAGCUUUGCUAGUGACACUGUCUGUGAUAUAUUUAGAAUUCAAGGCACAGUUAACCAGCAUGGCUACCACAGCAUUCCGCAGCGAUGCGCCAUCCCAUCUGGUUUGCGCUUAGUGGGACUAUCAUUUGUUUUUCAACAGGACAAUGACCCAAAACACACCUCCAGGCUGUGUAAGGGCUAUUUGACCAAGAAGGAGAGUGAUGGAGUGCUGCAUCAGAUGACCUGGCCUCCACAAUCACCCGACCUCAACCCAACUGAGAUGGUUUGGGAUGAGCUGGACCGCAGAGUGAAGGAACAGCAGCCAACAAGUGCUCAGCAUAUGUGGGAACUCCUUCAAGACUGUUGGAAAAGUAUUCGUCAUGAAGCUGGUUGAGAGAAUGCCAAGAGUGUGCAAAGCUGUCAUCAAGGCAAAGGGUGGCCACUUUGAAGAAUCUAAAAUAUAUUUUGAUUUGUUUAACACUUUUUUGGUUACUACAUGAUUCCAUAUGUGUUAUUUCAUAGUUUUGAUGUCUUUACUAUUAUUCUACAAUGUAGAAAAUAGUAAAAAUAAAGAAAAACCCUUGAAUGAGUAGGUGUGUUCAAACUUUUGACUGGUACUGUAUAUAUACGCUGAACAAAAAUAUGUAUGCAACAUUCAACAAUUUCAAUGAUUUUACUGAGUUACAGUUCAUAUAAGGAAAUCAGUCAAUUUAAAUAAAUUCAUUAGGCCCUAAUCUAUGGAUUUCACAUGACUGGGCAGGGGUGCAGCCAGGGGACUUGGCACAGCCAAUCAGAAUGAGUUUUUAACCACAAAAAGGCUUUAUUAUAGACAGAAAUACUCCUCAGUUUCAUCAGCUCUCCGGGUGGCUGGUCUCAGACGAUCCCGCAGGUGAAGAAGCCGGAAAUGGAGGUCCUGGGCUGGCAUGGUAACACGUAGUCUGCAGUUGUGAGGCCGGUUGUACGUACUGCCAAAUUCUCUAAAAUGACGUUGGCUUAUGGUAGAGAAAUGAACAUACAGUUCUCUGGCAACAGCUCUGGUGGACAUUCCUGCAGUCAGCAUGCAAAUUGCAAGCUCCCUCGAAACUUGAGACAUCUGUGGCAUUGUGUUGUGUGACAAAACUGCACAUUUUAGAGUGGCCUUUUAUUGUCCCCAGCACAAGGUGCACCUGUGUAACGAUCAUGCUGUUUAAUCAGCUUCUUGAUAUGUCACACCUGUCAGGUGGAUGGAUUAUCUUGGCAAAGGAUAAAUGCUCACUAACAGGGAAGUAAACACGUUUGUGCACAGAAUUUGAGAGAGAGAAUCUUUUUGUGCGUAUGGAAAAUUCAGGGAUUUUUUAUUUCAGCUCAUGAAACAUGGGAACAACACUUUACAUGUUGUGUUUAUAUUUUUGUUCAGUGUAUUUUCCACCUCCCGUUUUAGGCUGGAUGUGUCAAUGUUUAUUUCAUGCAUAAUCUAUAAGGGAAAUUACUGUCAUACCUCAAUUAGCCACGAAAUCCCUAGUUUGAAAGCACCUUUUUCUGGAAGCUGUGCUGUCCCAUUUUCCCUACACUUUCCCCAACGUGGGCCAGCCCCCUAGCAAUUAGAAUGAGUUAAAGCGCCUCGCCAUUUGAGUGACAGCUAGCAAGAUGCACACACAGCAGAGCGAGAGAGCAAUGAUGUGGUGCAGAUAUCUGAACAUUUGUGACGAAGUACGCAAUUUUUGUGGAGCGCUUUUGUCUCCUAAGCGCUACUUUCAGAACUACUGGAUUUAAAAUUAUACAAAAGUACCGGAGAAUCUCUUUAAUUUUUUGUAAUUUUAGUGCACUAAUAAAUUAAUCUCGAUUAAUUGCAUUGUCUGAAAACAUCAGAAAUACAUAAUAUAUACAACUAAAAACAACAACGUUGACAUUGAGGUAAAAUAAAAUGUGGUUUCUAAAUUUACCUAAUUUUGCGAACCGUUAUGUUAGACAAAAUCAAGACAUUAAUAUUUUUGUAUAAAAAAUCUUAAAUUACAGCUUAAUUUGAGCAAAUUCAGAAUUUGUGAUUAAUCACAGCAAAUCCUGCGAUUAAUGGCGAUGAUUUUUUUAGAUUGCUUGAUAGCACUAAUCAAAACGCUCUCACCAGUACUGCGUGUUUUCGUUUGUGUGUGUGUGUUUGUUCAGGUAUGUGAUAAGCACUCUGGAGCUCAUGGUUGCUGAACAUUACAUGAUUGUGUAUCUGAACGAAGCCACACCCCGCAGGAGAAUGCCUGGAUUAGGUUGGAUGAAGAACUGCUACCAUAUGAUUGACAGGAGUUAACAAGUCACACACACACACACGCACACACACACACACAGUACAUGCAGCACGUCAUACAUACAGACUCAUGCUUAAAUUCUCACUGACUCCUGUUUUCUUUUGUGCUUUCAUGUCUCAUGUCAGGCUCAGGAAGAAUCUGAAAUCCUUUAUUUUUGUCCAUCCGUCAUGGUUUAUCUGAACAGUGUUGGGAAUCAUCAGACCCUUCAUAAGGUGGAGAUACCCAUGUUUUCUCAAACAUACCAGAGUAUCACAGAAAGCCCUACGUUGUUCAGGUUGUCACUGUGUACAGUGGGGUCUGAAAUUAUUGACACCCUUGAAAAAGAUCAGCAAUAAUGACUGUAUAAAAUAAAUCAUUCCAACACUGAACUAUAUUUUAUGCGACACAAAAAUUGGGAAAUUAUAUUAUUUUAUACUAAUACAAUUGUUCAGAGAAAGAGAUUUUAAUAAUUUCAGAUUGUGACAACAAAUGCAGUACAGUGCUUUCGGAAAGUAUUAAGACCCCUUGACCUUUUCCACAUUUUGUUAGAUUACAGCCUUAUUCUAAAAUUGAUUAAAUUGUUUUUUUCCCCCAUCAAUCUACAAACAAUACCCCAUAAUGACAAAGCAAAAACUGUUUUUUAGACAUUUUAGCUAAUUUAUUAAAAAUUAAAAAUGGAAAUAUCACAUUUACAUAAGUAUUCAGACCCUUUACUCAGUACUUUGUUGAUGCACCUUUGGCAGCGAUUACAGCCUCGAGUCUUCUUGAGUAUGACGCUACAAGCUUGGCACACCUGUAUCUGGAGAGUUUCUGACAUUUUUCUCUGCAGAUCCUCUCAAGCUCUGUCAGGUUGGAUGAGGAGCGUCGCUGCACAGCUAUUUUCAGAUCUCUUCAGAGAUGUUCGAUCGGGUUCAAGUCCGGGCUAUGGCUACUCAAGGACAUUCAGAGACUUGUCCUGAAGCCUCUCCUGCAUUGUCUUGGCUGUGUGCUUAGGGUCGUUGUCCUGUUGGAAGGUGAACCUUCACCCCAGUCUGAGGUCCUGAGCACUCUGGAGCAGGUUUUUAUCAAGGAUCUCUCUGUACUUUGCUCCGUUCAUCUUUCAUUCAAUCCUGACUAGUCUCCCAGUCCCUGCCGCUGAAAAACAUCCAAAUACUGCCUAUUGUUGUGGGCGACAGACUGAGGGGACAUUUAUUCUAGACCGUGGAUAGGCAACUCAGGGCCCUGGGCCAGUGGACAUAUGCUGAUUUCAGAGGAAAAUAACAAAAUCCAGCAUGACAUCGUCCUCCAAGUUGCCUAUCCCUGUUCUAGGUCAAUUUGCCAGACUCAUUGCUCAGUGCCUUCAGAAAGUAUUCAUACUUAUUCCACAUUUUGUUGUUACAGCCUGAAUUCAAAAUUGAUUCAAAUAAAAAAAAAUAUCAUCUAUCUACACACAAUACUACAUAAUGACAAAGUGAAAACAUUUUAAAAAUGAUUCCAAAUUUAUUGGAAAUGAAAUACAGAAAUCUCAUUUUCAUACAGUACCAAUCAAAAGUUUGGACACACCUACUCAUUCCAGGGUUUUGCUUUAUUUUUACUAUUUUUUACAUUGUAGAAUAAUAGUGAAGACAUAAAAACUAUGAAAUAACACAUAUGGAAUCAUGUAGUAACCAAAAAAGUGUUAAACAAAUCAAAAUAUAUUUUUUAUUUGAGAUUCUUCAAAGUAGCCACCCUUUGCCUUGAUGACAGCUUUGCACACUCUUGGCAUUCUCUCAACCAGCUUCACCUGGAAUGCAUUUCAAUUAACAGGUGUGCCUUGUUAAAAGUUAAUUUGUGGAAUUUCUUUCCUUCUUAAUGCGUUUGAGCCAAUUAGUUGUAGGGGUGGUAUACAGAAGAUAGCCCUAUUUGGUAAAAGACCAAGUCCGUAUUAUGGAAAGAACAGCUCAAAUAAGCAAAGAGAAAUGACAGUCCAUCAUUACUUUAAGACAUGAAGGUCAGUCAAUCCGGAAAUUUUCAAGAACUUUGAAAGUUUCUUCAAGUGCAGUCGCAAAAACCAUCAAGCGCUAUGAUGAAACUGGCUCUCAUGAGGACCGCCACAGGAAAGGAAGACCCAGAGUUACCUCUGCUGCAGAGGAUAAGUUCAUUAGAGUUAACUGCACCUCAGAUUGCAGCCCAAAUAAAUGCUUCACAGAGUUCAAGUCACAGACACAUCUCAACAUCAACUGUUCAUAGGAGACUGCCUGAAUCAGGCCUUCAUGGUCAAAUUGCAGCAAAUAAACCACUACUAAAGAGACUUGCUUGGGCCAAGAAACACAAUCAAUGGACAUUAGACCGGUGGAAAUCUGUCCUUUGGUCUGAUGAGUCCAAAUGUGAGAUUUUUGGUUCCAACCGCUGUGUCUUUGUGAGACGCAGAGUAGGUGAACGGAUGAUCUCCGCAUGUGUGGUUCCCACGUGAAGCAUGGAGAAGGAGCUGUGAUGGUGUGGGGGUGCUUUGCUGGUGACACUGUCUGUGAUUUAUUUAGAAUUCAAGGCACACUUAACCAGCAUGGCUACCACAGCAUUCUGCAGCGAUACCCCAUCCCAUCUGUUUUGCGCUUAGUGGGACUAUCAUUUGUUUUUCAACAGGACAAUGACCCAACACACCUCCAGGCUGUGUAAGGGCUAUUUGACCAAGAAGGAUGGUGAUUGAGUGCUGCAUCGGAUGACCUGGCCUCCACAAUCAGCCGACUCAACCCAAUUGAGAUGGUUUGGGAUGAGUUGGACUGCAGAUUAAAGGAGUAACACUUUUUGGUUACUACAUGAUUCCAUAUGUGUUAUUUCAUAGUUAUGGUGUUUUCACUAUUAUUCUACAAUGUAGAAAAUAGUAAAAAUAAUGAAAAACCCUGGGAUGAGUAGGUGUGUCCAAACUUUUGACUGGUACUGUAUUUUGUACAACUGCUAUUACAUUGAAAUGUAACGUAAAGUAACAUAUCAUACUAAGUGGAGUGGCACGGAUUUUAGUAAAAUAUAAUAUGUUUUGCUCUGAGCCGUGUUCUGGUCAAAUCCCUUUUCCAUCUCGGGUUGGAGCACUUAUAUAAUAUCCCCUUGGCCAGAUGUACUUUGAGUCUGGCUCACGAGACAAGAGCGCUAAUGUUAAUGUUAUCUAACACUAUAGGCAGAUUUAGAGCUGAAUGGGAACAAGGAAGAAACUAAAUAAUUUGCAUGUGAGGAAUUCCUUUAAACCACAAUCUCUGACUCACACAGGUCCCUUUGACGUGCCCUCUUAUAACCAAUAAUGACACAUCCCUCUAGACAUUUCUAAAUCUCUCAUCGUAGGUCUACAUUCUCACACUUUCACAAAACAGUAUGCCCAUACUAUAGUUUAAUGAAGAUACUGUCUUUCAACCCCGCCUCUCUCUUUCCCACAAAGUGGAUAAAAGAGUGAACUCUGUUGGUGCCUGCUACCUGUUUGGCCAUAUGACCCUGUGGUUAAGAGUAGACCACACUCUUCCUGCCUGCACACACCUGUGGUGAAGAGGAAAGGCUAUUCUACCAUGUAUGAUACCUUAUUACUCUGUCAACGCAAGACAGAGGCACAGCAAGAAUCCAGGCAGUGUUCAACACAACGGAUAACGCAUAAGUAUUUAAAGGGGAACGGACAUAUUUUGGGAAGUAAUGGGGAUUAUGAGAGUUUUUGAAAGAAAUUCGAUUUCAUUUAAACAAACAUGUUUAAAACCUGUCAAUCAGUCAAUUACUAUGUUAUUAUCCAGAAUCAUAAGGUUGUCCCCACAUACAGUUGUGGGGCAUUAAAAAGGUACUUCUAAAUUAUUUUGCUGUAGCAACAAUACAUCAUUAAUGUGACACUCUCGCAGGGUGACGGCAAGCUCCUGUGUUGCAUUUCUGGUUGUCUAUCAUUUAAAGGGGCAAAACCCGGGAUUGGUACAACCCUUUUUGGACUUUUAAAUUAAUGAUAUAUAGCCAUUGAUUCUUGAAGAAUAAAACGUAUAAAUGCCUGAUGAGCUUAUAGUUUAACUGUCUUGCCUCAUCAUAACCCAAAAUGUAAGAUUGUUUUGCUUAAUUGUUUGUAAACAAUGCAAUUGUGUAAACAAACACUGUAUAGCUUCAAAAGUUUAAAACUUUCAUUUUGGUAUGUCUGUCCAUUUUUCCGUGCAUGUGUGUGUGUGAGUCAAGUUGGCCACUGUGCAUUCACAUACUGUACAUUUACAUAUGUAAAAGUAAACAUCUGUUACCCUCGCCCCUACUGUCUACAAUGUGCCCUUUCUCUGCGAGUGUUGGUCAAGUGUAUUGUAAUGUCCCUCUUUAUGUUAUGUUAUCUUAUGGUCUGAUAUCGUUUGUUAAACAUUACUUAAAACAUUGCAGGGAUACAAGUUUUGUGGUGGCAGCAUCAUGUUAUGAGUAUGCUUGUCACCGGCAGGGACUUGAGUUUGUUGAGAUCAAAAUAAAAAAGUAAAGGAGCAAAGCCCAGGUAAACAUUUUGAGGGAAACCCGCCUCAGUCUUCUGAAAACCUAACCCUGGGAUAGAGUUUUAUUUUCCUGCAGAACAAUUCUGUCACGAUCGUCUAAGGAGGAGGACCAAUGCGCAGCGUUGAAGGUGAACAUAUUUAUAUUUAUUUAAUGAUCACACGAUCAAAACAACAAACGAAAAACGUGACGUCUAUGGUUUAAACACAAACCAACACGAACAAGAAACCACAAACACAAAGUGAAAGACAGACAGUUAAAUAUGGCUCCCAAUCAGAGACAACCAGCUGACACUCGUUGCCUCUGAUUGGGAGUCACUCAGGCCAACAUAGAAAUACAAACAUAGAAUUACACACCCUGGCUCAACAUAACAGUGUCCCCAGAGCCAGGGCGUGACAGUACCCCCCCCUAAAGGUGCGGACUCCGACCGCGCCAACUAAAUACCACCGGGGAGGGACCGGGUGGGCACUCCGCCUUGGCGGCGGAUCCGGCUCCGGGCCUGAUCCCCACUCCCUCUCCAACCCCCCAAAGUACCCCUGGUCCGGUCUGGCCCCGCUGGCCGGAGCUGGACUGCACACUGAUGGAGCGGAUUGCUCUAGCUCUGGCGUAACGCAUCUGACCGGUGCCGGACCAGGCACCAGUGGAACAGGCACGGGCCGUGCCGGACCGACGACGCACACCACUGACUUGGUGUGGGGAACAGGCACGGGCCGUGCUGGACUGACGACGCACACCACUGGCUUGGUGUGGGGAGCAGGAGUGGGCCGGACAGGGCUGACGAAACGCACCACAGACUUGGUGCGGGGAGCAGGAAUGGGCCGGACUGGGCUGGCGACGCGCACCACAGACUUGGUGCGGAGAGCAGGAACGGGCCGGACAGGGCUGACGAAACGCACCACAGACUUGGUGCGGAGAGCAGGAACGGGCCAGACAGGGCUGACGAAACGCACCACAGACUUGGUGCGGGGAGCAGGAACGGGCCGAGCCGGGCUGACGAGACGCACCACAGACUUGGUGCGGGGAGCAGGAAUGGGCCGGACUAGGCUGGCGACGCGCACCACAGACUUGGUGUGGAGAGCAGGAACGGGCCGGACAGGGCUGACGAAACGCACCACAGACUUGGUGCGGGGAGCAGGAACAGACCGGACCGUACUGGGGACACACACCACUGGCCCUACACCGGGAUCUGGAACGGGCCGGACCGGACUGGUAACACACCCCAGUACCUCUCGCCGUGCCUCUACACCUUCCAUCCCCUCUUCGACGAGUGGCCCCCGUAACCUGGCGGCCUCCUCUGGCAACCAGUUGGACCGCUCUAUCGCGGCCUCCUGCUGCCCCGACGUCGUGAGCCCCCCCCUACAAAUGUUCUGGGGUUCUUUCCUACCCGUGGACCAGGUCUCCAUACUCUUCGCCAGCCUUUCGCCCUUCUCCUUCCACGUCAAGCCCCUCUCUUGCUCACCCGGCUUGACCCAGUCGAGACUCUUCAUCCAUUGCUCCAUAGACCAGCCUCUCUGCUCUUCACUUGGCUGGGCCCAGUCGAGACUCCUACUCCACUGAUCCCAGGUCCAUCCUCUCUCCUCUUCACGCUGCUUGGUCCUGUCUUGGUGGUUUCUUCUGUCACGAUCGUCUAAGGAGGAGGACCAAUGCGCAGCGUUGAAGGUGAACAUAUUUAUAUUUAUUUAAUGAUCACACGAUCAAAACGAAAAACGUGACGUCUAUGGUUUAAACACAAACCAACACGAACAAGAAACCACAAACACAAAGUGAAAGACAGACAGUUAAAUAUGGCUCCCAAUCAGAGACAACCAGCUGACACUCGUUGCCUCUGAUUGGGAGUCACUCAGGCCAACAUAGAAAUACAAACAUAGAAUUACACACCCUGGCUCAACAUAACAGUGUCCCCAGAGCCAGGGUGUGACAAAUUCAACACAUUUUUAUGCCAAAGACACACCAGAAUGGUUCUAGAGGUGUUGAGUGUUCCUGAAUUGUCCAGUCUCCGUCCUGACUUAAAUCUGCUUAAAAAAUCUGAGACAAGGUUUGAAUAUUGCUGUACAUCAAUGAUUCCCAACCAAAUUGACUGAGUUUGACCAAUUUUGACAAAAACAAUGGAUAUACUGUAUGUUGCAAUAAGAGUUGUGCAAGGUUGGUAGAAUCUUAUUCAAAAUUAUUCACAGCUGUAAUGACUGCCAAAGGUGCUUCCACCAAGUAUUAACUCUGAGGUGUGAAGACAUGCAAUCAAUACGUCCUCAUUUUGUAUUUCGGAGAACUUGUAACAUUUUCUAUAAUUUUUCUUUCACUCAAAAUGUGAAGUAGGUUAUGUAGAUCGAUAGGAAAACAAUCCAAUUUAGUCCCUUUUUAGAUUGAAUUUUAAGGCAGCAGCAUGUGAAGACAUGCAAGGGGUGUGUAGACUUUCACUAGCGACUGUACAUUGUUGUUCACUCGCUCUGUAGCUCAACUAUUUAUUUAGUAAAACAUGGAAUACUGGAAUUAUAACAUCAAUUGGUAAUAUAAAACAUGGACUGGAUUUUUCACAACAGUCUCUGUACCAGAGACAGAGGAUAUAUUUAUUUUUAUUUUUUAUUUUUUAUUUCACCUUUAUUUAACCAGGUAAGCCAGUUGAGAACAGGUUCUCAUUUACAACUGCGACCUGGCCAAGAUAAAGCAAAGCAGUGCAAUAAAAACAACACAGAGUUACAUAUGGGGUAAAAAACAUAAAGUCAAAAAUACAACAGAAAAUAUAUAUACAGUGUGUGCAAAUGUAGCAAGUUAUGGAGGUAAGGCAAUAAAUAGGCUAUAGUGCAAAAUAAUUACAAUAGUAUUAACACUGGAAUGCUAGAUGUGCAAGAGAUUAUGUGCAAAUAGAGAUACUGGGGUGCAAAAGAGCAAAAUAAAUAACAAUAUAGGGAUGAGGUACAUUUUACAUUUACAUUCUAGUCAUUUAGCAGACGCUCUUAUCCAGAGCGACUUACAGUUAGUGAAUACAUAUAUUUUGUUUUAUACUGGCCCCCCGUGGGAAUCGAACCCACAACCCUGGCGUUGCAAACGCCAUGCUCUAUCAACUGAGCUACAUCCCUGCCGGCCAUUCCCUCCCCUACCCUGGACCAAUUGUGCGCCGCCCAUGAGUCUCCCGGUCACGGCCGGCUGCGACAGAGCCUGGAUUCGAACCAGGAUCUCUAGUGGCACAGUUAGCACUGCGAUGCAGUGCCUUAGACCACUGCGCCACUCAGGAGUAGUAGUUGGGUGGGCUAAUUUCAGAUGGGCUGUGUACAGGUGCAGUGAUCGGUAAGGUGCUCUGACAACUGAUGCUUAAAGUUAUUGAGGGAGAUAAGAGUCUCCAGCUUCAGAGAUCUUUGCAAUUCGUUCCAGUCAUUGGCAGCAGAGAACUGGAAGGAAUGGCGGCCAAAGGAGGUGUUGGCUUUGGGAAUGACCAGUGAGAUAUACCUGCUGGAGCGCAGACUACGGGUGGGUGCUGCUAUGGUGACCAAUGAGCUAAGAUAAGGCGGGGAUUUGCCUAGCAGUGAUUUAUAGAUGGCCUGGAGCCAGUGGGUUUGACGACGAACAUGUAGUGAGGACCAGCCAACAAGAGCGUACAGGUCACAGUGGUGGGUAGUGUAUGGGGCUUUGGAGACAAAACGGAUGGCACUGUGAUAGACUACAUCCAAUUUGCUGAGUAGAGUGUUGGAGGCUAUUUUGUAAAUGACAUCGCCGAAGUCAAGGAUCGGUAGGAUAGUCAGUUUUACGAGGGCAUGUUUGGCAGCAUGAGUGAAGGAGGCUUUGUUGCGAAAUAGGAAGCCGAUUCUAGAUUUAACUUUGGAUUGGAGAUUCUUUAUGUGAGUCUGGAAGUUGAGUUUACAGUCUAACCAGACACCUAGGUAUUUGUAGUUGUCCACAUACUCUAGGUCAGACCCGUCGAGAGUGGUGAUUCUAGUCGGGUGGGCGGGUGCCAGCAGCGUUCGAUUGAAAAGCAUGCAUUUAGUUUUACUAGUGUUUAAGAGCAGUUGGAGGCUACUGAAGGAUUGUUGUAUGGCAUUGAAGCUCGUUUGGAGGUUUGUUAACACAGUGUCCAAUGAAGGGCCAGAUGUAUACAAAAUGGUGUCGUCUGCGUAGAGGUGGAUCUGAGAGUCACCAGCAGCAAGAGCGACAUCAUUGAUAUACACGGAGAAAAGUGUCGGCCCAAGAAUUGAACCCUGUGGCACCCCCAUAGAGACUGCCAUAGGUCCAGACAACAGGCCCUCCGAUUUGACACACUGAACUCUAUCUGAGAAGUAGUUGGUGAACCAGGCGAGGCAGUCAUUUGAGAAACCAAGGCUAUUUAGUCUGCCAAUAAGAAUGCGGUGGUUGACAGAGUCGAAAGCCUUGGCCAGGUCGAUGAAGACGGCUGCACAGUACUGUCUAUUAUCAAUCGCGGUUAUAAUAUCGUUUAGGACCUUGAGCGUGGCUGAAGUGCACCCAUGACCAGCUCGGAAACCGGAUUGCAUAGCGGAGAAGGUACGGUGGUAUUCGAAAUGGUCGGUGAUCUGUUUGUUAACUUGGCUUUCAAAUACUUUCGAAAGGCAGGGCAGGAUGGAUAUAGGUCUGUAGCAGUUUGGAUCUAGAGUGUCACCCCCUUUGAAGAGGGGGAUGACCGCGGCAGCUUUCCAAUCUCUGGGGAUCUCAGACGUUAUGAAAGAGAGGUUGAACAGACUAGUAAUAAAUAAAUAUAUAAACUUGAAUGUAUUAUUAUCAGUCAAAAUACUAUCAAUACCACCUCCAUACUUACAAAUCACAUUGUUCAUGUAAUAUUGAAAGUGAAAGUACAAUCAGAAUAUGAAGGUAUGUCAAGAUUUCCCUUUAAUGUAAAUAAUCAUUAGGACAUAAAUCACCAGGACAUUUAAAAGUUAUUUAUCCCAACAAAACCACCUCUAUCUAGGAUGACAUUUAAAUGGAUAAAACAGAGAUGGCGCCAUAAAAGUUCCAUUUGAGUUGGCUCCCAGAGAUAACAAAUACAGGUUCGAAACGUUCAGAGCACACAAAGUAAUUUGCGUCAGUGUAUUUCUUCCAGGGCCUUAUGUCUAAGGUGCUCCUCCAGACAUCUGAUAGCAAUGGGGUCUGUGUCUGUGUCAAACUUGUUGGCAAAGAGGUGGUGCUGCUGCAGCAUCCACUGCAGGUCUCCGGCCCCGUAUACACACACUGA